UACGCCACAGUACGGCACUAGGUGCUGUGUUGAUGCUCUAAAAUCCUACACUGUUGAGCGGACAGUAAAGUACUCUCAAACUCAGCAGAAGUUGUCCUCUGUUUAUCCUACUCACGACCCGAAAAAGGUUUAAUUUAAUAAGGUAAGGCUUAACUCUACACCAGCCUUACAUAAGUAAAAGUUCAGAGCUCAAAACGGGACGCAACUUUUAACUUGAUAUCGAACACAAGCCACAGACCCAGCAGCACAUUUAUCAUUUCCUCCAGGUUCUACAUCUUUAGUGUUGUUGUCUUCUUCGUUUAGAUACACAAUCAAAUACGUCACAGCAGCUUCACUCCAACCUCCUACUUCUCAUCUGGGUAUUGAAAAGAAACGAGGGCAAGGCGAUGAUUCAAGUCGAGAUGAAGCGUGGCGAGUCGAGUCGGGCUGAGUAGGUACUAGUGUACUAGCUCUCCUCCCCAGCUGAGCCCCUCGCCGCCCUCUGAAGGAGCAGGAUGACAAGAUGGCCCAGCUGCUUGUACCGCCCGGACCUGACAGCUUCCGCCCCUUCGUCCCCGAGUCGUUGGCCGCCAUCGAGAGGCGCAUCGCCGAGGAGGAGGCCCGGAGACCGCGGGCGGAGCGCCGCAGCGACGGCGACGACGACAACGGGCCCAAGCCCAACAACGACCUGGAGGCGGGGAAGUCUCUCCCCUUCAUCUACGGGGACACGCCUGCACACCUGGUGUCCACCCCCCUGGAGGACCUGGACACCUACUACAGCAACCAGAAGACGUUCAUAGUAUUGAAUCGUGGGAAGACAAUCUUCCGUUUCAAUGCCACCUCUGCCUUGUACAUCCUAAGCCCCUUCAACCCUCUGAGGAAGAUCGCUAUUAGGAUUUUAGUGCACUCGAUGUUCAGCAUGUUGAUCAUGUUCACCAUCCUGACCAACUGUGCUUUCAUGACCCUCAGUAACCCCCCAGAAUGGGCCAAGAAUGUAGAGUACACAUUCACAGGGAUUUACACCUUUGAGUCCCUGAUAAAGAUCCUGGCCAGGGGCUUCUGUGUGGGGAAGUUCACUUUCCUGACGGACCCCUGGAAUUGGCUGGAUUUCAGUGUAAUUUCCAUGGCGUAUAUAACAGAGUUUGUAAACCUAGGCAAUGUUUCAGCUCUGCGCACAUUCAGAGUAUUGCGAGCUUUGAAAACUAUCUCGGUAAUACCAGGCCUGAAAACCAUCGUGGGCGCUCUGAUUCAGUCCGUAAAGAAGCUGUCGGACGUGAUGAUCCUCACCGUGUUCUGCCUCAGCGUCUUCGCCCUCAUCGGCCUGCAGCUCUUCAUGGGGAACCUGAGGCAGAAGUGUGUGCGCAUGCUAACCAACGCCACCGACGGCAGCAACGUCACCGACUACAUCAACACCACGGUGGGGCAGAACGAGAGCUCCUUCGACUGGGAUGACUAUAUAAACGAUGAGCGCAAUUACUAUUACCUCCCGGGCCGGAGGGAUGCUCUGCUCUGUGGGAACGGCAGUGGCGCAGGUCUCUGUCCGGAGGGCUUCCUAUGCAUCAAAGCGGGCCGGAACCCGGACUACGACUACACCAGCUUCGACACCUUCAGCUGGGCUUUCCUCUCUCUGUUCCGCCUCAUGACCCAGGACUUCUGGGAAAACCUCUACCAGCAGACGCUGCGUGCAGCAGGGAAGCCCUACAUGAUCUUCUUCGUGCUGGUGAUAUUCCUGGGCUCCUUCUACCUGGUCAACCUGAUCCUGGCCGUGGUGGCCAUGGCCUACGACGAGCAGAACCAGGCCACCAUCGAGGAGGCGCUGCAGAAGGAGGAGGAGUUCCAGGCCAUGCUGGAGCAGCUGAAGAGGCAGCAGGAGGAGGCACAACAGGUUGCCGCGGCAGCAGCGGCCGCAGAGAGCGGAGAGUACAGCGGCCGAGGGGACCCCACCUCCGAGUCCUCCUCGGGGACGUCCAAGCUCAGCUCCAAAAGUGCCAAGGAGCGACGCAACAGGCGGAAGAAGAGGAAGCAGAGGGAGGAGGAGGAGGAGAGAGGGGUGUGUGACCGGUUCCACAAGUCUCAGUCGGAGGACAGCAUCAAGAGGUCCAGCUUCCGCUUCUCCAUCGAUGCCAACCGGCUGUCGUAUGAGAAACGGUGCUCCUCACCGAACCAGAGUCUCCUCAGCGUCCGCGGCUCCCUGUUCUCCCCGCGGAGGAACAGCCGCGCCAGCCUCUUCAGCUUCCGCGGGCGAGCGCGCGACAUGGGCUCGGAGAACGACUUCGCCGACGACGAGCACAGCACCUUCGAGGAGAGCGACAGCCGCCGGGGCUCCCUGUUCCUGCCCCGCCGCCUGGAGCGCCGCUGCAGCGCCGUGAGCCAGACCAGCCUCGUCGUGCCCAGGAUCAUGCUCCCCGCCAACGGCAAGAUGCACUGCACGGUGGACUGCAACGGCGUGGUGUCGCUGGUCGGGGGGACGUCUGUCACCACCUCUCCUGUAGGCCUCCUGCUGCCCGAGGGCACAACAACAGACACGGAGGUGAAGAAGCGCAGGUCGGGGUUCCUGCAGCCAUCCAUGGACUAUUUAGAUGAACCGGGGGCGCGACAGAGAGCCAUGAGUGUGGCCAGCAUCCUCACCAACACCAUGGAAGAGCUGGAAGAGUCGAGGCAGAAGUGCCCGCCCUGCUGGUACAGAUUUGCCAACACGUGUCUGAUCUGGAGUUGUUGUCCCGCGUGGCUGAAAAUCAAAGAUGUCGUCCUCACGGUGGUCAUGGACCCCUUCGUUGAUCUGACCAUCACUAUUUGCAUCGUCCUCAACACGCUCUUCAUGGCCAUGGAGCAUUACCCCAUGACCAAAGAGUUCGAUAACGUGCUCACAGUCGGAAAUCUGGUGUUCACAGGGAUCUUUACAGCCGAGAUGUGCUUCAAGAUCAUCGCCCUGGAUCCUUACUACUACUUCCAGGAAGGCUGGAACAUCUUCGAUGGCAUCAUCGUCAGUCUCAGUCUGAUGGAGCUCGGCCUUGCCAACGUGGAAGGCCUGUCUGUGCUCAGGUCCUUCAGGCUGCUGCGGGUCUUCAAACUGGCCAAGUCCUGGCCGACGCUGAACAUGCUCAUCAAGAUCAUCGGGAACUCGGUCGGUGCCCUGGGCAACCUGACCCUGGUGCUGGCCAUCAUCGUGUUCAUCUUCGCCGUGGUGGGCAUGCAGCUGUUCGGCAAGAGCUACAACGAGUGCGUGUGCAAGAUCUCGGAGGAGUGCAAGCUGCCGCGCUGGCACAUGCACGACUUCUUCCACUCCUUCCUCAUCGUGUUCCGGGUGCUGUGCGGGGAGUGGAUCGAGACCAUGUGGGACUGCAUGGAGGUGGCGGGACAGAGCAUGUGUCUGAUCGUCUUCAUGAUGGUCAUGGUCAUUGGAAACCUUGUGGUUCUCAAUCUCUUCCUGGCUCUUCUCCUGAGCUCGUUCAGUGCCGACAAUUUGGCAGCGACCGACGAAGACAGCGAGAUGAACAACCUGCAGGUUGCCGUGGGCCGUAUCCAGCGAGGCGUUUCCUUCAUCAAGUCCACCAUGCGGCAGUUCCUGCAGAGCCUGUGCUUCGGUGGGGCGGCCAAGGGCUCGUGCCUCGCCGAGGAAAGCAAACCCCUGGACGAACUGCACAGCAACGGCAAGGGCAACUGCAUUUCCAACCACACGGCUUUGGAGAUCACCAAGGACGUUUCCGGGGUGUACACCAUGGAGGGCAAUGGGAGACCUGGAGGAGGGCUGGUGGUGGGGGUUGGGAUGGGUGGGGACACUCCAGGAAAGUACCCCACGGAGGAAUGUGACUAUAUGUCGUUCAUUCACAACCCCAGCCUGACGGUGACGGUGCCCAUCGCUGUGGGCGAGUCGGACUUUGAGAACUUGAACACAGAAGACUUCAGCAGCGACUCGUCUGAUGUGGAGGGCAGCAAGGAGAAGAUCGAUGUUGAACCCCUGCCUCGGAGUUCCUCAGAGGGGAGCACGGUUGACAUCCGACCCCCGGGAGACGGGGAGGAUUCAGUGGAGCUGGAGCCGGAGGAGUCGCUGGACCCGGAGGCCUGCUUCACGGAGGGCUGUGUUAGCAGGUUCCAGUGCUGUCAGAUCGACGAGGAGGGAAGCAAGUUCAAGAGCUGGUGGACGCUCAGGAAGACCUGCUUCAUCAUCGUGGAGCACAACUGGUUCGAGUCCUUCAUCAUCUUCAUGAUCCUGCUGAGCAGCGGGGCGCUGGCAUUUGAGGAUAUUUAUAUCGAGCAGCGAAAGACCAUCAAAACCGUGCUGGAGUACGCAGACAAGGUCUUCACCUACAUCUUCAUCCUGGAGAUGCUGCUGAAGUGGGUGGCCUACGGCUUCGUCAAGUACUUCACCAACGCCUGGUGCUGGCUGGACUUCCUCAUCGUGGAUGUGUCCUUAGUGAGCCUCGUAGCAAAUGCCCUGGGCUACUCUGAGCUCACCGCCAUCAAGUCCCUGCGGACGCUGCGAGCCCUGCGGCCCCUGAGGGCCCUGUCCCGGUUCGAGGGCAUGAGGGUUGUGGUGAACGCCCUUCUGGGGGCGAUCCCCUCCAUCAUGAACGUGCUCCUGGUGUGCCUCAUCUUCUGGCUCAUCUUCAGCAUCAUGGGUGUCAACCUGUUUGCAGGGAAGUACUACUACUGCGUCAACACCACCACGGACGAGCCCUUCCCCAUCGACGUGGUCAACAACAGGUCCGACUGCCUGAGGCUGGCCAAUGACAGCGCUCGCUGGAAGAAUGUCAAGAUCAACUUUGAUAACGUCGGGGCCGGGUAUCUGGCUCUGCUGCAAGUGGCAACAUUUAAGGGUUGGAUGGACAUCAUGUACGCGGCGGUGGACUCUCGAGGUUUGGAGGACCAGCCUGAAUACGAGGUCAACUUGUACAUGUACCUUUACUUCGUGAUCUUCAUCAUCUUCGGCUCCUUCUUCACCCUGAACCUCUUCAUCGGCGUCAUCAUAGACAACUUCAACCAGCAGAAGAAAAAGUUGGGAGGUCAAGACAUCUUCAUGACGGAGGAACAGAAGAAGUACUACAACGCCAUGAAGAAGCUGGGCUCCAAGAAACCACAGAAACCCAUCCCCCGGCCGGCAAAUGCGUUUCAAGGCUGCGUGUUCGACUUCAUCACAAAGCAGGCCUUUGACAUCGUCAUCAUGAUCCUCAUCUGCCUUAAUAUGGUGACCAUGAUGGUGGAGACAGAUGACCAGACUAAGGACAUGGACAAUAUCCUGUACUGGAUCAACCUUGUCUUCAUCGUCCUCUUCACUGGGGAGUGUGUGCUCAAGAUGAUCUCCCUGCGUUACUAUUACUUCACCAUAGGCUGGAAUAUAUUCGACUUUGUGGUGGUGAUCCUGUCCAUCGUGGGUAUGUUCUUAUCUGAAGUUAUUGAGAAGUACUUUGUGUCCCCAACGCUGUUCCGGGUGAUCCGACUGGCACGGAUAGGCCGCAUCCUUCGCCUCAUCAAAGGUGCCAAGGGCAUCCGAACGCUCCUCUUCGCCUUGAUGAUGUCCCUCCCCGCCCUGUUCAACAUCGGCCUCCUCCUCUUCCUCGUUAUGUUCAUCUAUGCCAUCUUCGGCAUGUCCAACUUUGCUUACGUCAAGAGGGAGGCAGGCAUCGAUGACAUGUUUAAUUUCGAGACUUUUGGGAACAGUAUGAUCUGUUUGUUUCAGAUCACCACCUCAGCUGGGUGGGACGGCCUGCUGGCCCCCAUCCUGAACAAGAGGGAGCCCGACUGUGACAGCCAGAUGGAGCACCCGGGCAACAACUACAAAGGCAACUGCGGCAAUCCGUCAGUAGGCAUUUUCUUCUUUGUCAGCUACAUCAUCAUCUGCUUCCUCAUCGUGGUCAACAUGUACAUCGCCGUCAUCCUAGAGAACUUCAGCGUGGCCACGGAGGAAAGUGCCGAGCCUCUGAGCGAGGAUGAUUUUGAGAUGUUCUACGAGGUGUGGGAGCGCUUCGACCCCGACGCCACUCAGUUCAUGGAGUACAGCAAGCUCUCUGACUUUGCCGAUGCUCUGGAUCCCCCGCUGCGCAUGCCCAAGCCCAACCUGAUCCAGUUGAUCUCUAUGGACCUGCCAAUGGUGAGCGGCGAGCGUAUCCACUGCCUCGACAUCUUGUUCGCCUUCACUAAGCGUGUGUUGGGCGAAGGCGGCGAGAUGGACGUGUUACGUGGACAGAUGGAGGAACGCUUCAUGGCUUCUAAUCCCUCCAAGGUGUCUUACGAGCCAAUCACCACCACCCUGCGCCGCAAGCAAGAGGAAAUGUCAGCCAUAAUUAUCCAGAGGGCCUUCCGGCGCUACAUGAUCCACCUGGCCAUGAAGAAGGCCUCGGCUCUCUACAAGGAGAAGCUGAAGGAAGGCGUCCGCGACCCGGACAAGGACGUCAUGGUCGUCAAGUUCACAGAGAACUCCACCUCGGAAAAGACGGAGAUGACGCCUUCCACAGCCUCCCCGCCCUCCUACAACAGCGUGACCAAGUCAGACAAGGACAAAUAUGAACAAGACAAUAGGGAAAAAGAAAACAAAGGGAAAGACUUAAAAGACCGGAAGAAAUAGACUUGUCAAAAGAAAAAAAUGCACCAGAGACACGAGGGGGAUUUGUUUACAGCUUCUAGAGGGGAUAGAUAGAUAGGUAGGUAGGUAGGUAGGUAGAUAGGUAGGUAUAUAGAUGUGUGUGUGUCUGCUGAGUGCUCAGAGAUGGCUAGCUUUGCCGGUAGGCCUGAAAUCUGUGUAGUGAUAGUGAACUCAAACAUGUGGGCUGUGCCCAGAGGGGGGGUUGGAGGCACGUCAUCCAGCAGACACUGCCAGAGACGAGCGGGGAUUCGGUCAGCGUCUCCGCAACGUGCUUGUGGUUUUCCUUUGGUUGUUGUUACUAUCUGACACACUUGAGUGUACUGUUGAGUUGUCUGUAGCUAGUUCUGCUGCUACUACUAAUCCAGUGUCUUGAAUUGAAAAAUCGCUGUAUCACUUAACAAGUUCUCUGCUUCUACUUUGUUUUUGAUGAGAAAGAAUGUUUUUUACUUGUCCGUGUCAUUAUUUUGACAGUGUGUCCGCUGCUUUCGCUGUCGUGACAUCAUCAAGUCGAUGCUGGAAACCCGUCCCGUGAGAGUCUGAACGCUCGCAGCUCCUACAGUACACAACACUCAUUGAACAAAUGCUCCGUCUUCACGUGUAGCGUCUCACCAGUGGGGUCUCAACGGUGGCAUCUCAUCGGUGGCGUCUAAUUUAGCGGCGUCUCACUGGCAGCGUCUCAGCGGCGGCGUCUCAGCGGUGGCGUCUCAGCGGCGGUCCGUCGUUUCGUUGGAAACAACAUGGAUCUGCUGAAGUUGGGGCUUCCCUCGUUUGCUUGAGCGUGAGCUCAUCGGCAAGAUCAACGCCGUGCAUCCUGGGAUGGCUGCGUAGCCCGUGACACUCAUUUUUCAUGGCCUGCGGUCACCGAUGCUAAUGCUGACGAGUUUGCCACUAAUGUUGCAGGCAGUGUCGUUAAACGUGCUGCAGGGUUGCAGGUUGGCUAAUGUGUGGUCAACGACCGGACGGACUCUUGAACUCCCCGUCUCCUCGUCAGUUAAUCGAUGCUGUAAUGAAUCUGAGAGCAGAUUCAACCCCGUACUUUAUUAGUCGGUACACGUAUGAUGAAGCCGAAAGCCUAAGUUCUCGAUUUACCGGUCAAUCUGCGCUCCCUAGGGGGGUGUUCCAGGCAUGUCCCACCGGGAGGAGACCCCGGGGAAGACCCAGGACACACUGGAGAGACUAUGUCUCUCGGCUGGCCUGGGAAUGCCUCGGACUCGGAAGAGCUGGAGGAAGUGUCUGGGGUGAAGGAAGUCUGGGCAUCUCUGUUGCGGCUGCUGCCCCCGCGACCGUUCCGGAUAAGAGGUGGAAAAUGGAUAGAUGGAUAGAUGGAUGGAUGGACGUGUGAUGAAGCGAGUCCUCAGCUGUCAACCCAUUGCUCCCAGGACCCCCAGGACUCCCCGAAGCAGUGGGCUGCCAUGUCUCCGGCACCCGGGGAGCAAUUAGGGUUAAGGGCCUUGCUCCGAAGUGGUUGCCUCGGUUGGCGUGCUGGGGCCUGGGGGACAUGAACCUGGGUCCUCCAGACCCACGCCCACCCCCGUAACCUAGGCCACCGCUCCCAAGGCUGAUCUGGUUUCAUCAGGAAAGGGUGCAGCGAGGCUUUUUCAGCACGCGACUGAGCCGUCAGCGUCCAUGUGGAGGAAGGUCCCCAGCAGUCAUCAGGGUAUACCGCUACUGGAACUGUGGAUGCGUUUCCGUAGUAGUUCCUAGGUGACAUGCUUCCUUUCUUUGGCCACGUAUUGUAGGUGAUUAUUGAUUCUUGUAGUUGACAAAGAUCACAACGUUCAGCACUUACAACUGGUGGCAAUAAACAAACAAACAAAACAGCAUCAGCACUAUUGGACUAUUGGGGAUAUCAGGUUGAGGUGAGCGAUUAGUAAACAAUACAACAGGAGUCGUGCCAUAACUAUUGUGUUUUCCAUUUUCCAACAUUGAUUGAUUGAUAAGGGUUGUGUUUCAAGAAUGGCAGCGGUCUUCUCAUCUCCUUCCUGGGACCAAACCUCCCAAAGACCUGCCGAAGAAGACGGGGAAGCCUGCUCCAUCCUCUGCUGUUGCGUUGUCUACUCACUGACCCCCCGCCGCCCCAGAAAAAAAUGCCAGCCUAACUGCUUCUAAUGGAGCUUUUCCACUAGUACCUACUCAGCCCGACUCGCCUCGGUUUGGUUCUUUUCCACUAUGUGUCUAACGUGCCGAGUAGAUACCUUUUCUGUAUUUAUUCUGCCGAGGUUCUAAGCGGCUGAGUCGGGCUGCAUCUGACAUCAUCACACUACAGGCCACCGAUUGGUCGGGGGGUUGGAGUCAGACGUCUGAGUCAGGAGGCGGAUAUCAGCGAAAGAGAGACUCUCACUCUCAUUUUUUAACUUGAUAUCGAACAGAAGUCACAGACCCAGCGACACAUCUAUCAUCUCCUCCAGGUUCUACAUCUUUAGUGUUGUUGUCUUCUUCGUUUAGAUACACAAUCAAAUACGUCACAGCAGCUUCACUCCAACCCUCCUACUUCUGAUCUGGGUAUUGAAAAGAAACGAGGGCAAGGCGAGUCAAGUCGGGCUGAGUAGGUACUAGUGGAAAAGCGCCAUAAGGUAGAACAUGACGGUAAAUCUCAUAAAGAAGUUAUAAUAUCAGAUGUUUGAGCGAGUGGUUUCAGCGUCGUGGUUCCGUUUGUACAUAACAUAUCUGCGUCACAGUAUGCAUCACACUUACAUUGGAUGUAAGAGCACUUUCUGUCCCAGCGCGGUGUAAUACCACGUGCACGGUGGUGGUCGUACAUGUAAGUGUGCGUGCACCAGAGGCCUGUGAGUGUACGUCUGUGUACAUGUGAGCGAACGUUGACCUCUCUCUGAGUGCAGCUGGGCUCCGCGGGGGGGGGCUCACGUCCCACCACUCACCAAGAACAUUUUUACUGUAGAUACCAGUGCAUUUUUCCAGUCUUCACUUUUGAUUUCCAGGUUUUUCCAGGAGACUUGUUGUUUUUUUCCUUUUCUGCACUGAGACACAUGUACGGCCCCAUAUCUGUAGAUACGAACCAUAAAGCAAUCAGUAGCCAUCUCAUUGCGCUUGUAGUGUUUUUAGUGAACUGCAUGCAAGAAGUGACUACUGUCCGCUCAUGUGGUGACAUCAUUUUAAAGCCAAAAGAAUAAAGGACCUAUUUUUUCUUAAAUGCUUGUUUUAUUUUCUGCUUUUUCUUUGAGUUUCUCGAGUGCCGCUGGCUCCUCCGUGUGUGAUCACGUUUGAUUGCUUUUCAGGUUGACCGGGAGCACCCAUGUGAUUCGUGUUACGCCUCUGUAUUCAUCUGCAACAUGUGACGUUUUCUUUUCUUUUCUUUUGUUAUAACCAAAGAUGUGGCAACAAA